UUCAGAUUGGCUGACUAAUACGUGACGUUCGCUAAAACAAGCCCUCAUAGUAAUAAUAACGUCCUGUCCGGUGUGUACUGUAACAUACUUGGACCCAUCCCUUUAACUACUUCAAAGUCCAUCAAAGACCCACUUUUACGAUGUCCAGUGACGGAAAUUUGUUUGUUCAAGUCGGUUCAUAUAAUACAAACCUCCAAGGCGGAGCUGGCGUGCCUCAGGAUCUUGUCGAUUGGCUCGUUCCAACACUCCAAGUAGCCUCUUUCCUCUCCAAGGAGUCUCGUGCACCAGACAUUUUUGCGAUUGGCUUCCAAGAACUUCUGCCCCUCCACCUUGGAUUGGCUGGAUUAUCCAAGGCUGUGCUCGACGAUAGGGACGCGCAUAUUCGUAGUCAGAUUGAGAAGCAUACUCCCGGUAAGGAGUCUUACACGCUAGUUGCGAAGGCUGUGAACGUUGGUGUUGCACUUCUCGUGUACGCACGAGAUAGUGGCAUCGCGCGCCGGGUUUGUGAUGUGCAAACUCAAUGGACUGGGACAGGCCCAGCUUACAUGGGUAACAAAGGUGCUGUUGGUAUACGAUUCCGUGUCUCAGACAGAGGAAGCAAAGCUGGAGAAGUUUUCACGUUUGUGUGUGCUCACCUCACCGCACACGAGGCCAAUCUCGCUCGACGGGUCGCAGAUUAUCGUCACAUCGUUAGCACUCUUCUCUUCCCUCCACUACCAUCAUCUCCUUCCUCUUCCCCGACUACCAUGUAUUCGACGUCACACCUAUUCUUCCUCGGCGACCUCAAUUUCCGUAUAACAAUACCCCCGUCGCAUCCGCAUGUGCAAACUUCCCAACCGUACGAUGUUCUUACGAUGUUGAAGGACGAUGCAUCUCGCGAACAGUUGAAGGAAUUUGACCAACUUCUGAACCAGCGGAGAAAAGGGACGGCUUUCAUUGGUUUGCAUGAGGGCCCAUUCUGGACAUUCAAAUGCACAUAUAAAUACAAGCUUGGCGAGGUCGACCGGUACAGUACGAAACGGACCCCAUCUUGGACCGAUAGAAUAAUGUAUGCGACAUAUACUGAUUCCCCCGACACACCUGAGAAGUCUAACAUCACCAACAUUUUGUACACAUCAAUACCGUCAUACGUCACAUCAGACCAUAAACCUGUCGUCUGCCUGCUACUGCUUCCAUCGCCCACCACUGCAUCGUCCCCAGAAACGUGUGCACCUCCAAUGCUUCGGUUGCCUUCGUCGUAUACGCCUAUGCCUGAUCCGCGUGCUACGCUGAAACGGUAUAUUGGCCGCACGCUUGAUCGUAUCAUUGGAUCUAUAUGGUGGCUUCUCACAGUGCUUGGAGCCGGCUCAGCCAUUGUUGGGAUUUUCAACUUUUUUCUGGGGCUCAUCGCAUGGAGAUGGUGGAAAGUACCAGCUGUAUCUGGUGCCGAUGCUUGAGUCAACGUUGAUGUCAAUUGUUCAAGGUGUAUAUGUAAUACCAUUAUGGAUCACAGCCACCUAUCUAUCACUAUCUAUCUGUCAUUGCGCUCGCCACGUCAUGCUAGGCUGUCUUACUGUACGUUCAUAGUUUUCUUUUCUCACUAUGGUGACCUCUGCUUAAUUUUACAA